UCAGCCGCAAUUCUCACUCAACUCUCAAACUCAAACUCAAAAGCAGCCAAAAACAUCAUAUUAUAUCAACAAAUUUCAGGUUCAUCCUUAAACAACAACUUUCACUUCUAACAAAAAGAACACAACAUUUCUAUACGUUUAAAGUGUUUGUGUAAUUAUUUUCUUAUAUCCUAAAGAGUAAAUAUGGUGAAAUCAAAUGUAGAAAAAACUGCUGCGGAAAGAAGUGAUUCUUCAAUGUAUAGAGGAGUAAGGAAGAGGAAGUGGGGAAAGUAUGUGUCUGAAAUCAGACUACCAAACAGCCGCCAAAGAAUAUGGUUAGGUUCUUACGACUCAGCCGUGAAGGCGGCGCGUGCAUUUGAUGCGGCUAUGUUUUGCUUACGUGGCAGUGGUGCUAAGUUUAAUUUCCCUAAUGAUCCUCCUGACAUUGCUGGAGGAAGGUCCAUGACACAUUCUGAGAUUAAGACCGCUGCAGCUUCUUUUGCUAAUUCGGGUCAACUCGAAAAGACUUCGUUUGAAACACCGUCAUCAUCGGAGGGGACGACAACAACAUUGUUGUCUAUGGAGUUGCCGUCUCCUGCUCUAUCCGAUGUGACGGUUCAGACAGAUUGUGACUCCAAGGAAAACGGGUUAUUUUCGGACAUGUUUUUAGAAACUGGAUCGGGUUGCUCUAUGUUUCCGGGUUUUGAUGAUGAUUUUUGUCACGAUUUCUACGUGCCGGAGAUGCCAGAUUUUGAUUAUGUAGAAGAGAAUAUGGAUGGGUUGGUAAUUCCAGACCUUUUCUUGUGGAAUUUCUAAGGAGUGAUAUUCAAGUGGGUCGGGUUACGGAUAGUUUUUGAAUAUUUGAAACCAUGACAAGAAUCCAGAUCCAAAUUGGAUCUAGGAGUGACAAUUUUUACAGGAGUUAGUUCACUGUCAAUUAAGGUCCCAAUUUUGUUCAUAUGAUUCAUGAAACAUUGUAAAGUGAUGUGAAAAUAAUAUAAUGUUUUUUAAUUUGGCCAUUCUUGGAUUUAUUUUAAAUAAAAGGGUAAGAUUUUGUCGAAUUCAACAGUGAAAUUCAUAUAUUGUAAGGAAUUACGAGUUUAAAUCCGCGCUCA